CCAUUAUAUUGAUAUUACUGGUGUUUUAAUCAUAUUACAAUUGUUGGUAGUUAGAAUAGAAUAAAAUCAGCUUAAUUCUAAAUAGGGUUGCUUUGGAAGAACGAAAAAUAUUUUAACAAAAAAAUCCGGUUCGAAGGACCAAUAUAUUUCUUGUGUAUAGGUGACGGUUAUCGCUCUAUGUCAGAUUCGUCGUAUUAGUUCUAUUGUAAUAACUCAAUGUAGAGAUUGGUGUUAAUUUAUUUUUGAUUUUUUUACAAAGUGAAUAUUUUCAUAAAUUUUACUUAUCAAGUAAAAUUUUUGUAACAUUCCCAUCGUAUGAAAACCAUAAUAAGAUAGUAUAAUUUUUAUAAACAUCAAAGCAAGACUAGAGACCUCGCGAUUGGCUAUCAGAAAAAAAAAUCGCCCUGAUACGACGUUUAUGGCAGCAGCUUUUUUAUUUGACAUUUUAUACAAGUUUAUUCAAACAGUGCGAUAGGAUCGGAGACGUUAUCUUUCAAUGCAGCGUUACCGCGAGCUCCGCGUGAUAACAUCUGGGGCCAGCCAUUGCUAGUUAAACCAAACUGAUAAGGGAUCGAAGAGCUCAGUGUGCGUGGCCUGUCUGUACAGUGUUGCCGGCUAGCGUGUGUGCGGAGAGGGGCGCGCGACCGCCAACCGACAGUCACUCAGUUAACGCGGCUAAAGUAUGACGAAUCGACGCUCUUACCACCAAAUAAUGACAUAUUCGUGAUUAAACAGUGAAAAAUUGGAUGUAUUGUGAUGUUAUUGUGGUUGAGCUACCUAAAACAGCUGGAGCUUGCGAGCGGCGCGGCCGAAAUGCCGCCAGGUGGCGUUGGAAACGUCAAAACAAUGUGUGAGGACGAGGAAUGGGGAAACGAGAGCGAGGCAAUGCCGGGAGAACCUCGUACACCGAGCUCAGGAGGCGAAAGAGCAGCAUCCAGUGGGGGUGCCUCGCCAGCUUCAGGCGGCUCCCCUGCAGCCUCACCGCCACGUCUGCGUCUUAACACCAGCCUUGCUACAGAUCCAGCGCUUGCACCCCAAGCAGCACCCUUGAAACGUGAACCACCUUCGCCAUCACCUCCACCACCACCUGCACCGCAAGCGAGAGACUACCUCGCUUUAACAGCAAAUUUUCCAGCAUUAUUUCCUACUGCUGCUCCUGGAUAUAUAUGCAAACCAUGCGGCAUACGGUAUUCUUCUCUGAGCACUUUACAAGCGCAUCAGGAACAUUACUGUUCCAAUAGAAGACCUAAACCAGUUGAAGGAACUGAGGGGUCUACUGACCCAGCCGCAGAUGAAUCGAGUAGCGAUGCAAAGACACCACGACCACCAGGCGCUAAAUUAUAUGCCUGUACAUACUGCUCAUACAGUGCUGAUAAAAAAGUCAGCCUCAAUCGCCAUAUGCGGAUGCAUUCAUCUUCAUCCCCCGUUAGCAGCGGGACGCCAGUACCAACACCAACUUUAAAUGGAGAAAGUACUGAAGGUCCACCGGUACAGGAUCGUUACUGUGCAGACUGCGAUAUACGCUUUAGUUCCAUUAAAACAUAUCGAGCUCAUAAAGCUCAUUACUGUAGCACUAGACAAGUAGUCAAACAAGCUUUGGCAAUGACGAGAGGUGGGUCAGCCACAUCAGGGUCCACACCUCCUUCUCCUGGCGCUACACCGCCAGCUCAAAAUCAAUAUGCACUUGCUUUACCUACUAAUCCUAUUCUGAUAGUUCCGUAUUCAUUAUUACGAAGUGCAAGCACACUUCCUGGAGCGACUUUACCUGAUCCUGAUACACCGUGCUUCCUAUUGCCAAAUGGAACAUUUCAACCGCUAAGUCGAGCGUUAUCAAAUAUAAAUGCAGACGGCAAAGAAAAUGAAGUAUUAAAAUCUGCUAAUAGACCGCGUGAACCAUCAAGAGAUGGCGCCACUCCUUUAGAUCUUAGCGUACGCCGUUCUCCUGAAUCCGUGACAACUGAUGAACAUGAAAAGGAAAAUAGAAUACGGUCAGCUACUCCUGAACAAAUUGUUUGUGCUCCAUCACUACCAGGAUCUCCGAGAACACCAUCACCAUCUAGACGAUCAUCGUCACCAAGUCUAGAGAGUUCACCAAAAAGACGACGGCGGAAUUCCAGGGACCCUACUCCAAAACCUCUAAAUGUACCCUCACCUGUGGAAGAAAAGUUCACGCCUACAGUAACAGCACCAAUUUUACCAGCGUUAGCACUGCGGCUGGCGAGUGAUCUGCCCGUGACAACCGCCUCACCGCAAGUUAUAGUCAAACAGGGAGUGUCUAAGUGCAAAGAAUGUAAUAUAGUGUUUUGCAAAUAUGAAAAUUAUCGUAUACAUAAACGGCAUUACUGUUCCUCUGGCGGUGGAGAAGAAAGAUCGAGUCCUGCACCGCCAGAGCCUGGCCCACCGCCCCAGUAUCGCCAACUGAUCUGCUUAGCAUGUGGAAUACACUUUAGCUCGCUAGAUAAUUUGACGACGCAUCAGUCUUAUUAUUGUCCUAAAAGAGAAACUAGGUCACCUCGAAGCGUUCCUGAAGUGCCGAGACCUGCUUCGGUGACCGAAGGCGGAUGGAAAUGUCCUUGCUGUGAUGUGGUAUCGCCUACUGCUGCUGCAGCCCAGCGUCACAUGGAGGCCCAUGCUGGUGUAAAAGCAUUCCGCUGCACCAUUUGUCGAUAUAGAGGGAACACUCUUCGUGGAAUGCGGACACAUAUUCGCAUGCAUUUCAAUAAUAAAAAACCAGCUGAUUUACAGGAAGAAAGCUACAUAGCGUGCGUUUUAGAAGAGGACAGCCGGGAGGCGACGUCACCUAGUCCGGCAGCCGGCGGCGAACGCAUCCACCGCUGUGGGAGCUGCGCCUACACAUCCACCUACAGGGGCAACGUGGUCCGGCACGGCCGUCUCGUCCACGCCAUCGACGAGCCAGAACAAGAGGAGCAGACCUCGCCCAUCCCUGUCGACAUAAAGAAAGAACCCGACGCCGAAAUAGAAGAGACACCCAACUACUGCAAAUCCUGCGACAUAUCAUUCAAAUACGUCAACACAUACAAAGCACACAAGCAGUUCUACUGCAAAGCGAACGACCAAGACGCUGCAGCGAACAACAACGUGCCCGCGCCCCAGCCCAGAGUAACCAACUCGCCCGUGGUAUGAAACUACAAGUGAUGGUUGCGUACAGUCGAUACGAAAAGGACUAACUGUGACGUUUAAUCUUGAGAUAUCGCAUUCUACUGCUUCAGUUGCUUCCAGAGCGUUUGUAAUUAUAAAAUUAGAUUAAUACGUAUAUCCUCUCAUUUCGGAUUGUUAAUCAAAUUAUGUGCAAUAAACAAUGUACUUAUAAUAAGAAAAUCGAUACAUUAAUCGUACUGCAUAUCAAGCCAAAUCGAUGUUUCAAAAUUUCAUUGUGAUCGUGCGAAUGAAUCGAGUGAAUGAACGAAUGGAUAUUAUAAAUGACUUGGCUAAUAUUGUAUGCGAUCCCCCGUUUAUUAUUAGAAUUUUGUUACGAAACUUGUUGUGUAAAUUUAUUAGUAGGUAAAAAGUUAACCUUUGUCUUUGUAUUAGUAAGUAUACGUUAAAACUACCAAAUUGUAAAUACAUGUAAAGAUAUUAUUACAUUGUAACUAAAUUUUAUUACCAUUUGAAUUUGUUCUUAGUUUGUUGUUAAUUUUGUUUAAUAUGAAUUAUCAUUCUUAGGUGAAUAUUAUAUAGGUAUGUCUUGCAAAGCUGUACAAUGCUCAUUCCUUGAUCGAAGUAUCUUUUUACAUGCCAGUGGCCUCUCAAUUUUUUUUUUUUUUUUUUAUUUUCAUAGUAUUACAAUUCUUAAUAACAUUUAUGUAAUAAAAUUCCGAGCUGGGAAUUUCUAAAUUUCUAAAAGUUCAAUAAAAUAUAAGUAAAUACCAAUAAAUUCCAACCACUAUUUGAAUCUUCGUCAACUGGCAACAUUAUUUCUAUUUCAUACAUGGUAUUAAGAUAAAAUGUGACUAGCCCAAUUCCAUUUACUUAUAUAAAACAGAUAUUGUGAUACUACAGAUUUCUUGAGUUUGAGCUGAAGCAAAUUACUCUAUACCAAUAUUACUAAUAAAUAUUUCAGAUUCCUUUUCAUAGACAUUAUUGUACCCAGAUUAACAAUCAUGGCUGCAUUUCUAAUCUAAAAUCUAUCGGUAGAUACAUUUCCGUUACCACACACAUAAGAAAACUCGUGCACAGGUAGCGAAAACGUGUCUAUCGGUAGAUUUGUUUGCCGCUUGUAUGGGCGACAACACUUAUUCCAAUUUAUAAUGAGUUUGAGAAUAACUCACGACUUUAUAGUAACGACAACAGGUUUUUCUAAAAAUAAUACAAAUAUAAGAUAAUGUUUUUUUUUUUAAAGUAUCCAUAUAUUUGUUAUGGCCAAUUAUUUUUGAUUUCCUAUUACUGAUUAAGUCACUGACUAUCCCUGAUUGUGAUCGGAUACUCAGAAUAUAUUAUUAUAAAAUGCUGUUUAAUAAUAAUAAUAAUAAUAUCAAAAUAUGUACCAUGUUUUGUCUAUGCCAAAGCAUCGUUAGAGUAAUCGUAAUUUGCAUUUAUAGGUAUCUCACUAACUUUAAUUAUAGAUUUAAGUGAAUACAAGACUUAUUCCGUAGAUUAACUACGUAUAAUACGAUUUGUGUAUUCAUUUGUGUUUGUCUGUCUGUCUUUGGAAUGAGUCUCAAAUUUCCCUAACAAUACCAGAAGGUGCAAAAGGAAAUGAUAAUGUUGAUCUUCCAACUAUUGUGACGUUGUUGUUUGUAUAAGUACAGGUAUGUGAAAGUGUUUGUGAUAAAAUUAAAAGUAAACUAGUUAACACUUUUGUUCACACCUGUACGCACCAUAGAGACGUAAUGAUCAUGACAUUAAUAUAUAAAAAAAAACCGUAAAUAGAGCAUCUGAUGCGAUGUGCCAUACGUCUAUGUUCUCGAUAACAAACAAUGAAGUAAUCUUGUAGUUUAAGAUGACAUCUCGAAUAUACACACCGAUAUUUCCAAAAGAUGAGUAUAGGUACAGGUGUAAAAACUAAUAUAAAGUGUUAAGUAAAUAAUUUAAAUUAGUCAUUUCUGUAAAAUUAAUCAAUAUCUAAUACUUUUGAAACAAUCAUUUUGGGAUGUUCUCCAUUAAUUUUCUUACACACUAAAAUUAAAAAAGUUAUAAAGAAUUUGUUACCUGUAGAUUGAAAAGUAAAUAUAAACCCUCUUAUGUUUUUUUACAUAGCAUAGAAAGUGGUGACAUAUAAAAUAAAUAAGCGACAUUGUUACGUAUUUUAUUAGGUCCCCCCACUUGGGUUUCAAUUUAAUAUUUAAAGACAAGUACUUAAUGUGAAUACUUUAUUUUCAAAGAGUCACUCAAGACAAAAGCAAAGCGUGACACGAUCGAUAUCAUAAACAAAUGUCAAAAAUGACAAUACAGCGAUUGUUUACGAAACGCAUGAACGUUCGUAAACGAUCCUUUUCUAUACUUAUUAUAAUUUACUACAGACAUAAAGAUAAAUCCAUGUUCAAUUACCAAUAAAAAAAAUAUAAUAUAAUUUAUUAUAAAAUAGAAGCAUUAAAAUUUUUCAUCGUUUAAUAACCGCAUGUCGUACAAAUCCCAAAGUCAUUUUACCUUGUACUAUGUAGCAACAUCUCACACCUUAACUUGUGUAAAAAGACGCUAUGUAAAAAAUAUAACAGUUCACACCUAAACCUAUAUCUCUACUUUCAACAAGCUAUAAACUGACCAUUUAUUUUUAAGCCCAUAAUAGUAUUUAUUUUUUCCUGAACUAAAAAAUAAAUAUGUAAAAAAAAUAUAUUGCUUCGUAAAAAGUACUCAAGGAGCUAAAUGCAUCAACCAUAAUCUCACUACAAGAUCAUAUCGAAGUCGUUAGCUGUACGUUAAAGUGGUUGGUUACUAAACAAAACGAGACACGAAGUACUAGAUGGCAGUAGAAUCGAGACUUGUGGUUUUUGUUGAUUAUUUUCUAAUUAUAUAUAAUUUGAGGCAGAAUUUCUAAACUAGCGAGUACUUCCCAUUCAUACAUAAAAACUACUAUAUAUAAACUAUAAUCAUGCCCAUCUCUCUGUAAUUUCUAAUAUAAAGGCAUCAAAAUCCUCCCAAAACUUUUUUACUCCAUCGUCACGUCACGUUUAGGGUACGCACUGAUAACUCUCAAAUCACAUUUUCAAAUAUUACUUUCAAAACCUAUCGCUAAUCCAUCACUCCCAUUGUAGUAUAACUUAUAUCCUUCCCCGAUAUCUUAACUAUUCUAUACUGUGUAUAAUUUAUCGAUACAUUUUCCCUUAGAAGGUUAGAGGGCUAACGAUUUCUGGUCCAUCCUGUUGGUAAAAAAAAGUUUCCUGAGUACUAUCCAUCUAUUUGCACAGGUCCUUUAGGUACGAUCAGCGCCAAGGAUAUUUCAACACAUUUAUAUUUUUAAAACUCCUAAAUAUCGCGUUGCAUAGAUAAAUCGCUUUACGACUAAUGAAAACGAUUUUAAAUUAAAUAUUUUCUGAUUAUAUAUAAAAUAAAAAAUGCAACGACUUAUAUUGUCAAUCGACUUUUGUCGCUGACUGUACCAUAACAAUAAUUAAUGACGGUUAAAAUAAGAGUAUUAUAGGAAAUCUAUUUAAUACUAACUUUGAACGAGGGCUUAAAAAUAAAUGUUUUCUGUAAAUAUAUAUUUAAAUACACUAACGCAGACAAAUAGUACUUUCAUACUUGAUUUUUAUUGUCGACGUUUCGACGCGAAUUGCACCGCGUCGUAGUGGCCAAGAAGCUGCGCAGGCUGCCAGAAGACGCCAGCGUUUUAAAGGCUGAUAAUGGAAUGAUAACCCCACCCACGCUAUCGGUAUACACCGGCGGGGCACCAGUGAAGGAUGAUAGGUGAGGAUGAAGUAGGUCAGUUAGCCCAUUGUGACGAAUUCAACAAGAAUUGUUCACGAUGGUUUCCAGGGGAACCACGUGGAGGUCAACCUAUUAGGGCAAUGGGGCUGUCAAACUCCAUUGCUAACAAUCCCUUUCCCUCCAGACGCCAGCGUUGCCAGAUUGGGUGUUUUUCCGUAAUUUCAUGCAGCUUCUUUGACCACUAUAACGUGAUGCAACCUACGUCGGAACGUCGGCAAUAAAAAUCAGGUAUGUAAGCACUAAUUAUUUAUAAUCGCGUCGCGUUAAAUCCUAAUAGUGUAUUUAAACAGUCAUGUAUAAUAUAAACUCCGCUAAAGUUUAAAAUUAAAAGAAAAAUACACGAAUACAAUAAAAAAAUCAGUGUUGAAUGUAAACGGUAAUCAACUGAUGAUGUUUUAUAAGGGACAUUGUAGACUGUCAUGUCUGCUAUACAGUGCUACGUCAAGAUUAUGUAGAGAUUAUUAUUUCAGCCCUUAACUAUCCACUGCCAAUAGUUGCCACGCUUGGCAAGCGGGUUGGCAGGUCGAGGUAAUUUAGAUAAAUUAUCAUAAUCUACCUAAAUUAUCGCGUUAAUUGAAGUCUCUUAUAAAACAUGCAGCGUAAAAGUCUUAAAGUUAAUAUAACUGAUGACAACAUGUGUAAUAAAUUUCAACCGAAGUAGUCCUACAAUGAUAUUGUAUAAAUACGCCAGACAAUAAAUUAUUUAUCACAUAUUA